AUGGCAGAAUUGGCGACGACGGCCAGCGGCAGCAGCAGAGGCGGCAACGGGAGGCUAGGAAGCAGCAGCAGCAGCAGCAGCAGCAGCAGUAGCAGUAGCAGAAACACAGCGGCUGUGAAUCCCCAGGAUGAGGAUUACGAGUGCAAGAUCUGCUACAACUAUUUUGACUUGGACCGACGGGCCCCCAAGCUGCUCGAAUGUCUGCACACCUUCUGCCAGGAGUGCCUCAGCCAGUUGCAAGUCCGUGGGGCUGCCCAGCAGGAGCGCGAGCAGCAGCAGCGGCCGCCCCCGGCCCCUCCGCCCUGGAGAACGGGGCCAGCGGCGGCUGCUGAAGCAGGGGCUGGGCCCGCCAGCCCGGGUCUUCGCUCCUCAGGCCUCGGGGGCAUUGCCUGCCCAGUGUGCCGCCACCGCACGGCCCUGCCCGACAGUCGCGUGCACAGCCUUCCCAACAAUACUAAGUUCGCCGAGGCCUUUCCGCUCUACUUACGCGCAGCGCAGGACCCGCUGCCUCAGGAUAGUCUGCCACCGCUGCCGCUGCCCCUUCCCCCGCCCAGGCCCACGGGAGGCCCAACCGCACCACCCGGUUCUUGGUCACCCUCACGCCCACCACCACCCUCACCACCACGCCCACGCCCAUUCCCACCUGCCCCCACCUCUAGGGCAGCCCCUGUGCCCCUCGGCCGCGGCGGCCUUGGCUCCUCUGCCGGGCCCGCGGGAGGGGGCGGCUACGAGAGCUGCCAGAACUGCAAGCGAGCGGCGCUGACAGCGGGAUGCGUAUGCGUGGUCUUCUCCUUUCUUUCCAUGGUAGUGCUGCUCUUCACCGGCCUCAUCUUCGUGAACCACUACGGUGGGGGCGGAGGCGGGGGCAGCGUGACUGGGGCAGCCCCGGGCACCACAGGGGGCGGCUCGCCAUCGCCGUCGCCCGUGGGGCCCAUCUGCCUCUCGGUAGCCAGCAUCCUGGCCUUGUUCUCUGUCGUUGUCACUUGGGUCAUCUGUUGGCUCAAGUACCGGCCUGAAGGGGCUGCAGGGGGCGGCGGCGGCGGCGGCGGGGGCGGCGGAGUCCCUCGGGGCCGGGCUGCGGCCACUGCCGGUAGCCGGAGGAACAACACGUAA